UGUGUCAUCACUGAGUCGUCAACUUUAUCAAUUUUCUCUUUCUUUUGCUCCUCUCAUUUCUUUCUAUCUUUGCAGCUUCAAUCUUUUCUUUCAACUUUUGCAUAAAUGGCGAUAUUCUAACCCAUAUGCUAAAACUUUGAGACAGAUAGAGAAAGGUGCUCUUUUUAAUAUUUUAUACUAUUAGUUUGAUUCCAAAGGUAUUGAAAGAUCAUAUAAAUGGCCAUGAUUUCUCGUUUGCUUCGAUCCACCAUUAAAGCAGCUAUCACCGCCCAGGGUGGUUUCCAUACAAAACAUAUUCCAGCUGUCAGCAGUUUACAGGAGCAUAUAGUUCGGAAUUCAACACAGGCAAGAUAUAAUAGUACAGAGGCAUCUUUGCAAAAUGAUAUUCCAGCAACUGAUAAUAGAGGGUUUAGGGGUCAUGAUAUGUUGGCACCCUUCACUGCUGGGUGGCAAAGUACUGAUGUGGAUCCUUUGAUUAUUGAGAAGUCUGAGGGAUCCUAUGUCUAUGACAUAAAAGGGAGAAAGUAUCUUGAUACUCUUGCUGGUUUGUGGUGCACAGCGUUAGGGGGAAACGAGCCUCGCCUUGUUGAUGCUGCCACUAAGCAAUUGAACACAUUGCCCUUUUACCAUUCAUUUUGGAACCGUACUACAAAACCUUCUUUGGAUCUUGCAAAGGAGCUUCUGGAUAUGUUUACUGCAAAUAAAAUGGCAAAAGCAUUUUUUACAAAUAGCGGAUCAGAAGCCAAUGAUACCCAGGUUUUGCUUAUUGCCUUCAAACUAAGGGUGGCAUGUGGGCCGGGCCCGGUCCUAAGUGGGCUUC